CCUCUGCGCCAGCACCUCGUAUCAGUCGGCUUGCAGACUUUCGCGUGCGCGGUGGUGCGAACUAACCAUACCAUUCCAUACCAUACCAUACCAUACCAUACCAUACCAUAGCGUGGCUUGCUGUAUAAGCACCGCCUAUUAUAGCAAAAAGCAAACAAACAGAUCGAGAAAUUCGCUGGGAUUAGGGCGCGACUUGUUGACAGUUUGCAGUCAUGUGAAAUGGUUCAAUUAGUGCAACAACAAUACGACAGAGAAGAAACCGUGUUUGAUUUACAUAAUUAACAAGUGGAGUGUGAACGGGGCAGCGAUUUCGAAAAAUUCCCGGCUCAGAACGAGCAGAACGAGAAUCGAAAUAUAUUCCAGUAACGGCACAGAUCGUCGGGACCGCUACGACGACCAAAAGGCUCAUUAAGUUUACAUGCAUUGCAUUGCAUAACCAGCAGGCAGAAGAAGAUGAUGAUGCUCCACUUACGUCACUGGCCACUGAUGCUGGCCAUGGCUUCCUGCCUGCUCCUCAAAGCGGCAACAUCUGCGACACCAGCAACACCAGCAACACCGGCAACAACAGCAACAUCAUCUUUAUCCUCCAUACCGGGCAAAUAUCAGGCAUUGGGUGCAGCCCACCAUCAGGCAAAGAAGCUGAAAAUCGGAGCCGUCAAUGCUUCCUCCUUGGAUGCCAAUGGCAAUGUCCAUAAACCUGUACUCCGGCAAAAUCCGAUCAAGAAUUGGUUCGGCGCCUUCAAUCGCAAUAAUUCGCCGGCAGCUCAGAACCAAACGUCGCCGACAUGUUCCUGCAGGUGCGGAGAGCGCAAUGACGAGUCCAGGAUUGUGGGCGGAACGACGACGGGCGUCAGCGAGUAUCCAUGGAUGGCGCGGCUGAGCUACUUCAAUAGGUUCUACUGUGGCGGCACACUGAUCAACGAUCGCUACGUGCUGACGGCGGCGCACUGCGUCAAGGGGUUCAUGUGGUUCAUGAUCAAGGUGACCUUCGGGGAGCACGAUCGUUGCAAUGACAAGGAGCGCCCGGAAACGCGCUUCGUGCUCCGCGCCUUUAGCCAGAAGUUCAGCUUCUCGAACUUCGACAAUGACAUAGCCCUGCUGCGUCUGAACGAUCGGGUGCCGAUCACCAGUUUCAUCCGGCCGAUCUGCCUGCCACGGGUGGAACAGCGACAGGAUCUAUUCGUGGGCACAAAGGCUAUUGCCACCGGCUGGGGAACCCUGAAGGAAGAUGGAAAACCCUCGUGUCUGCUGCAGGAGGUUGAGGUUCCCGUUCUCGACAACGACGAAUGCGUCGCCCAAACGAACUACACCCAGAAAAUGAUCACCAAGAACAUGAUGUGCUCGGGCUAUCCGGGCGUGGGCGGUCGGGACAGUUGUCAGGGUGAUUCUGGUGGUCCUCUGGUUCGUCUGCGUCCAGACGACAAGCGCUUCGAACAGAUUGGAAUUGUGUCCUGGGGUAAUGGUUGUGCUAGACCCAAUUAUCCGGGGGUUUACACCCGAGUCACGAAAUAUCUGGACUGGAUUGUGGAGAACUCGCGGGACGGUUGCUUCUGCGACGAGGAUUACUAACAUCAAGAGAGAGUGCUCAAAGAGGUGGUCAUUCUUCGCCUUAGUCUGUAGUCAACACCGUAGUAGUUUAGGUCAUAUUUUGUACUUUUAUACUAAAACAAGUGAAUAAAUAUAAACAAUGCAGUAGGUUAGAAAUCCC